AUGGGACAGGAGUCAGGCGCAUACAGAGCACUGGAUGCACACUUAGAUUCGAUCCUGCCACCGGAGCGGCAAACACUUGGAAACAGCGUGAUACCAACGCUGCUAAGCUCCAUAGGCUGCAUCAGCACCAUCCUUCGUCACGCCCACUCCGUCUCACAGGUCGGAAGCUCCAACGCCUUCGGGGACGAGCAGCUGAACGUAGACGUGCUUUGCGAGAAAGCAGUUCGAGACGCUCUGACCCAGUGUCCCUCCAUUGUGACCGCCAGCAGCGAAGAGGAUCCUGUUGAAAGGCCAGUACAAGGUGAGACCACGACCGAUAAGUCACAGAGCCCGCCACAACGGUCAGGAGAGACCUACACAAUCGCCUUCGAUCCGCUCGACGGCAGCUCCAUUAUUGCUGCAAACUGGACUAUUGGGACCAUUAUUGGCAUCUGGACGGUAACUCGGCUCUUCACCAAAAUCCACGCAAAGGCCAGAUCGCGGCGAUUCUUGGCGUUUGCGGACCGCGAACCGGUGCAGUUGUCGCCAUUCGUUUGCCGGAAUGGGAGGAGAAAGGUUAUCCUCAACACCGACAUCAGGUUCACCCCAGAGGCAUCCGUCAAAACCAGAUAUUUUGCGCCUGCAAACCUUCGAGCUGCAGCUUCCGACUCCAAGUACCUGGCUUUGGUCAACCAUCAUAUUAAGGAACAGUAUACCCUGCGAUACAGUGGAGGGCUCGUUCCAGAUGUGGUUCAUAUGCUCGUCAAAGGCCACGGAGUCUUCAUCAAUCCUGUGUCCAAAGCGAGUAAGCCCAAGCUGCGAAAGCUGUAUGAAUUGUUUCCGGUGGCAUUGGUGAUAGAGUGUGCAGGCGGCAAGGCCGUCAAUGCAGAUGAUGGCGAGCCUGUGCUGAAUCAGGAAGUGGCGGAUGUUGAAGAGAGAGGAGGUUUUGUCUGUGGGACAUCCGAGGAGGUCGACUUUGUGGUAAAGACGCUGGUUCGGGGUGAAUCUAUAUCCUGA